AUCAACCCAAACCAUAUUAAUUUGUUGUUUUAAUUUCAAAGACUUGCAGUAUUCAAACUAUUAAUUUAAUUAAGAUGGCCCAGGCCCAUCAUUCAUCUUUUCAUAUGGGCCUUUUUCCUGAUCGGCCCAAAACUAAAAUAUUCGUUUUCCAUCCCUUUUCUUCGCCUUCACAGCACAGGAAGCCGGUCUCCGUCUCCGAUCCUAGGGCACGUCCACGUCACCUAUUCAUCCCUCCUCCAUGGACGACCUUACUGCUUACUACGCUCCUCCAAUCCACCACCCUUAUUAUCAGCCACCUCCACCGCCUCCUCCGGGGACGGGGCACCCGCAGCCUUCCCCGGUGGCUCAGCCUAUUCACGUUCAGCCCCAGUUCGUGGCCUAUGCUCCCCCCAUUUACCCGAGGAUGUCAAACCGCGAGAAAUCUACAAUCUCUUUCGUGAAUUCCCGGGAUACCAGUCCUCUAAUCUCCGUCCCCCAACCUCAUCUAACAAUCAGCCAUUUGCUUUUGCAACUUUUGCGGAUCAACAGACAGCAAUCAUGGCAUUGCAUGCGCUCAAUGGGAUGGUGUUUGACCUUGAAAAAGGUUCAACUUUGUAUAUUGAUCUAGCAAAAUCCAACUCCAGAUCAAAGCGCUUGAGAGCAGAUGAUGAGAGACAAGGUUCAGAAAAAAGAUUGAAAGGAUCUACUGCUUUCUCGAGGAGCCAUGAUCCCGGUGUUGGGAGCGUUCACAUGCCUGGAAUGGGUAAUUCUGCUUACAACACGAUUGGUUAUCCUUCCACACAAAGUCUUGGAAAUGUUGAAGGUGGAUCCGGGAGUGAGGCUGCUAACAAAUCGAGCAAUACUCCAUGCCCAACACUAUUCGUGGCUAAUCUCGGUCCAACCUGCUCUGAGGAAGAGCUGAUGCAAGUGUUUUCAAGAUGUCGUGGAUUUUUAAAAUUGAAGAUGCAAAGCACCUAUGGAGCUCCUGUUGCAUUUGUUGACUUUCAGGAUACUGCAUGUUCAACUGAGGCUCUAGGUCAUCUACAAGGCACAGUACUCUAUUCCUCAACGUCUGGUGAAGGGAUGCGGUUGGAGUUUGCAAAAUCACGAAUGGGAUUGCGGAGCAAGAAAUCGAGGUAACAAGCGGGUGAUAAUAAAUGAAAAGGCUUGAGCUGGUUGUUGUGCGUGAUUGGUCAAGAGAGCAAAUCUCUCAUCAGAUAAAUGCACCAGCUGCUGUUUACUGUAGCUUUGUACUUAAUUAUACUUCUCCAACUAUAGAAUGGCUUAAUUUAGACAGUAGCAGAUAUUGUUUGUAAUUUAACCUCCUGAAUUAUUAUUAAGAGAUUUAGGCAUGUCUGAUAGAGAAGAGGAUUUAGACAUGUCUGAACUUAUAUGGGUUGUGGUCUUUCAGACCGUGUUGCUAUAGUUUGCUCAAAAUAUAUCGACUGCAUUGCAUUUGUUUA